UGUAUUGUUUUAUAUGUGCACAUGUUAUUCUGUUCACUUCGAUAUGACGACUAUGGAGCAAAAAAUGUCCAGAUAAUUUCAGCGUCUGUAAAUCUACUCGUCUUCAUCAGUCAGGGUCUAAUUCAUCAGCAACAGCAAAGUUCUUCAGCAUCUUCAAACAAUAGAAACAGUUUGAACCUCAGAUAUGAAUGAAUUGUUGUCUUGUGAAGAUGAAUUUCUUGCAGGUUGAGAACUAACACGACCCGUCUGUGUCUGUGAUUCAGGCUGAAGUGACUGUUGGACGGGUGGUAUUUGUUUCCUGGGUGGAGCAGGGCUUGUCCUCCAAACAAUUGACAUCAGUAUGUUUGAAACAUUCCUGCCUGGGUCAGAAUGUGGGAAAGGGAAAGAGCCGCUGCCUAAAUAAAAACUAAUCUUCCAGCAGAACCAGUCCAGCCAGCUCGUCCUGUCACAGAAACCAUCACAUCUCAAGCAGGUGUGUGCUGCUCGAGUCAUUUUAGUUUCCGGCAGCAUGUCCGUGCCUGAGUCGCCCUCAUGCCUCAGCUGACAGUCGUCCACGCCGCGGGUCAGAGGGCAGCCGGACGAGGAGACCGUCAAUGGAUGGAGGGGGUCAGAGAGGACGGGGGGGCUGCAGAGAGGAGAGGACAUCUGCAGAGAUCAAACCCACCACCAGCUGAUGCUCAACCUCGUCCCACAUCCUGGUCCCAGUUGGUGAGGACUCUGCGACCCUGGAGAAGCUACUGGUACUUUGCCCCAGUAGGUGUAGUGUGGUUAGUCUGCCAAGUGGAGGCGCCGCCAGAUGUGUGCUGGAGGCUGCUGCUGGUGUGUUUCCUGUGGACGGUGCUGGGAGGCUGUGUUCAGGCCCUGAGGUGCCGCCUGCGGCCAGGACACAACCAGGGGGAGCCACCGCAGAGGAACCAGCAGGAGGAGGUGACGGAAAGCAGAAAUAUCCAGUGUUCAUGGGCGUCCCCGUCCCGGAGCCCAGGCCUCCACGUCCCUCUGGCCCUCGCCCUGGCCAACAGCCUGCUGCUGUGUGUCCUCCAGGAGCCCGUCCCAGACCCCAGUGUCCCCCACAUCCAGGCUCUGCUCUCCAGGCUGAAGUCAGUGUCUCUGGCCCUUGAGGAGGCUGAUCCUGGAUCAGAGGUGACGCUGGACGAGGUGGACGGAGGCUCUACGCUGAAACACAAAGUGAAGCUCCUCUGCACCUACCUACAGCAGAGGAUGAGGUCACUGCGUACUCUCGUCCAGGUGCAGGGGGAUUUCGAGGCCAGCGUGAAGGACAUGCUGGAGGGCCUGGGCGGCCUCUGGGCUCAGCUGGAGGAGCUGCACACCGGGGUCACACUAACCAAAGAGGGGGGUGAAGACCAGGGAGACGUGGCCCUGGCCCGGACGGACGCAGAGAAUUUAUUUUCAGUCCUGAGUCACUACAGGAGCAGACUUCAGUGCUGCCAGACUCAUCUGAAGGACGCCACGCGGCAGCUGCAGGAGUUAAUGUGGAGUCACACUCACAUCAGCCACAGGGUGAGCAGCAGCAGUGAGUCCGUCUGGCCCGAGCUGCUGCUUCAGUCCAACAUUGAGCAGUUUGACAAGGUGCAGGAGGGUUUCUUCUCCUUGGAACAACAGACCUCUACGUUCCAGGCCCACCUGGAGGGGCUUGGGAAGGGGAAUCAGGAAGGACAUGCAAGGCCCCUGGCUUGUGCCAACGGGGCCGGUUCAUGUCCAGCCUCACCACAGGCUUCCCCACGUCUGGGACACGCAAGUGAUUCAUCACUGGAGCCUUGUUCCACCUCUGUCUCCUCGAUGGAAACAGACCUGGAAGACGACUUUCCUCUCUCACUGUGCGAGAGGUCGGCUCUGCAGUUCUCCUCCACUAUCGGACGCCUGCGUAAAUCUGGAAAGAGGAAAUGAUUUGUUUUUUUAUCAAAAUGUGAUUGUAUGUGUUAAACAAAAAGGUUUUUCAUUGUCAAAUGUUGAUCAUUUGCUGGUUUCCUCAAAAAUAACUAUUUAUUGCUGUUGUGUCAUUUUUCCUUUUGUUGUUUCAGAAAUCCAGAAUUUCUUCAUCUUCUCUUAAUAUUUCAUCUCGGUUUUUAAACACAAGGGGGCGCACUCUCACCAGUCAUUACAGUUGAAGUGUCUCACAGCAGCCAUUCAACAAAUGAUCCAACAUUAAUAUAUAUGUUCAGCUGAGAUCUGUCUUCAAUGACCGACCGUGGCUGAGACACUUUCCCUCAAAUCGACUUUAACGUUAAACACAUGGGUCUUUCUUCAAGGUCGGGUCGGUCACAACUUGAGUCUCGAGAAUCUUCCAUGUGUCUAAUAAAUGGGUUCCAGACACAA